AUGGCGACCCUUGUCGACGUCAACUCCACCGCACCCGCCGACAAGAUGGCUCCCUCAACGCUCGACCUGUUCAUGUUGACGUUCAAUUGCGCCAAGAAGUUCAUCGACACGUCCGUUUUCGCGUCAAACCUCCACACGGCUUUCCAGCAGAGUGCCACCCCACUCCCAGAGGUUGUUGUCUUCUCCCUGCAAGAGGUCGCGCCGUUAUCGUACUCUUUCAUCGGCGGCUACUUUCUCAGCCCGUACCUCGCCCGCUUCGAAGAAGCCCUGAAUCUUGCUGCUACCAGAUACACCAACGAAACCGCCCCAAACGACGACAGUCACGAUGAAGCCGACGACGAAACGAUAUUGGUUAAGCCUACCGCUCCUACACCUGUGCGGCCUUACACUCUGGUCCGGGCUCGCAAUGUCGGUAUGACGGCCAUCAUGCUCUUUGCACGGAACCCCGAGUCAAUUUUGCGUGUGCAAGAGGCAGAGGUGGGCUUCGGCGCUGCAGAAAUGGGCAACAAAGGCGCUGUGGCACUCAGGGUCUUGUAUGAAGGCACAAUGGUCGACGGUGGGAAGAAGGAGACGGAGCUCACCUUCGUGGCUACACACCUUGCGGCAAUGGAGUGGAAUCUGCCCAGGCGAAAUGCCAACUGGGCAACCAUCAUGCGUGGCCUGACAUUCGAGAACCCAGAGGACAUUCUGCACCCGAAGAAGAGCAAGCCCAGUACCCCCUCUGCACAGGGAGAGAGCCAAACCGACGUUGCCAGGGAUGAAGCAGUGCACCUCUUGCAUGACGAGCAUCACGCACAGACACUUGCUCUCCAGGAACGGCUACAAGAGAUUUCUGUUUUCAAGCCAAGCUCCCAUCUUUUUGUCGGUGGCGAUCUCAACUAUCGCAUCUCAACAACGAGUCCGCCACCGAUGGCAACGUUCCCUAGUCUCGAUCCCGAAAGCGAACACCAUUAUGCUCACUUCUUUGCCUUGGACCAGCUCACAAGAGAACGCCAGGCAGGACGUACUCUGCAUGGCCUGAGUGAGGCGGAGGUCAAAUUCCCUCCGACCUACAAGUACAACGUUCUGCCCCCGGACGACACCCGCCUAAAAGUUGAUGGCGUGGAGGACGUGCCUUGGGUGUUUGCGCCUCAUCGAUAUCCCGGUUGGACGGAUCGCAUCUUGUACUUGGAUGUCCCCUCUUGGAUCAAGACCAAGCCUCAAAAGGUCGACGUCAAGGCCUACGACGCCAUGCCUGUAGUCCGCAGCUCGGAUCACAGAGCCGUGUACCUGAGAGCCGCGGUUCCGCUACUCACCGAGAAGGAGCUUGUCCGUUCAUCGACAGAAGCUCCAGCGUCCAAUGCGGUAGAUCCUCGCCUCGUGCUCCCUGUAGCCAUCGAUCCUGAGGCCUGGGAGAGACGUGCGGCAGCAAGACGGAAGGAAGUUCUUGUUGGCUGGAGCAUGUUUCUGUGGUCUACUAAGCAGGGAGCGAUAAUACUGGCCACGCUGCUGGCCGUGGGCGCAGGUGCUUGGUGGCUGAGCCAGUGA